UUUAUGCUCUGCGAGCGAACUUAUUGGUUACCUGUUACUGUUAUAUGUUGUGUUGUUUUGGUACUUACUGUGAGAAUGAAUUCUCACAAGUAUUUUCUUUUUAUCUUGUCAAAGCUACAAUAUCUUUAGAUAAUAUAUACUAGAGAGUUUUAGGUCAAAGGGAAUAAAUGUCAUUUUCUUUGAUGGAUCUUGAGUAGACAAUAAUGAAGUAAACAAUAAAUGGGAGGUUCUGUGACAACUGAAACAAGGAUGAUGUCAAACUAGUGGUAUACUUUUUAACAAAAAUCUUAAACUAAUUCCACUAUAGAAUUGGUCAAAGGAUUCAGAGGGAUGCUUAUAGAAAGCCUAAUUGUUUGAAUUUCUAGAGCAUCUCAGGCUGGGAAUGAACCAAAAAGGAAAGAAAACGGCAUGGCCAAGAUGGGAUUUUUUUCUGUUUCUGAUGCUCGGAAGGAUGCUUUUAGCACAAGUCUCUGCUGAAAGUGAUACCUUAACACAAUCCCAACAACUGUCACUAAAUCAGACACUUGUCUCUGCUGGGAAAAUAUUUGAGCUGGGCUUCUUCAGUCCAAGUAACUCGAGGAGUCUAUAUCUCGGAAUUUGGUUCAAGAAUAUUCCUCGUCAGAGGAUUGUAUGGGUAGCAAAUAGAGAAAACCCACUCCCAGCUUCUGACUCAGCUGCAUUCUUGAAGAUUGGAGGUGAUGGGAACCUCAGAAUUAUGGAUGGCAAUCAAAAUAUCAUUUGGUCUACAAAUAUCUCUGUUCAGUCUAAUAAGACUACUGUUGUACUAACAGACGAAGGGGAAUUCAUUCUUAAAGACAGUGUCUCAGGCACAUCUUUAUGGGAUAGUUUUAAUUAUCCUUGUGAUACUUUGUUAUUAGGAAUGAAUAUUGGAUACAACACCAGGUCAGGAGUAAAACUUGUUUUAUCGUCCUGGCAGGCUGAAAAUGAUCCAUCACCUGGAAAGUUUACUAUUGGACUUUCGGUAGAAAUGCCACCUCAAAUCUUCACUUGGAAUAAUUACUCGAGGCCUUACUGGAGAGGUGUCCCAUGGGAUGGAGGGAACUUCUUAGGUGUACCUGAUGACGAAAAGGGGUAUGCAAGUGAUAUAAAAGUAAUAGUAAACAAGCAACAGGAAUCUGCCUUCUUCAGUUUCAAUAAUUUCAAUGUUUCUGAUGUUAUAAUCCUGGUCCUAAAACCAUCAGGGUUAUUGAAUAUGAUGGAAUGGCUAGAAGACCUGAAUGCAUGGCACGUCUUUUGGGAGGCACCAGCGAAUCCAUGUGAUGUUUAUGGAACUUGUGGUCCUUACAGUGUUUGUGACAUGGGUAAGUCUCCAGUCUGUGAUUGCUUGAGAGGAUUUGCACCAAAGUCAACUGAUGAAUGGAUAAGAGGAAAUUGGACUGGUGGCUGUGUGAGGCGAACUAAACUUCUAUGUGAAAUCAGUGCAAGUGGCAAUACUAUAAAGGGGUCCGAAAGUGACAACUUCUUGCAGCUGAGAGAGAUGAAACUGCCAGAUCACUACACAUAUUUUUAUGACUAUGAGGCUCAGAUUUGCAAGGAGUGGUGCCUGAAUAACUGUUCCUGUGCAGCCUAUGCAUAUCCAGAUGGAGUAAAGUGCAUGGUUUGGACUUCAGAACUUAUAGAUGUUCAGCAGUUUCCAUAUAAUGGUGUGGAUUUGUUUCUUCGUGUUGCUUCUUCUGAACUAGCUUUAGAUGAAGUUACAACGAAGGCUAAACUUAUCAUCAUCUUCACAACCGUUUCAAGCGUUCUCAUAUUGGCCAUUUUCGGAUGCAUUUUCUACAGGUGGAAAGCAAAGCAAAGAGCAAAUAGAAGAAAUAGGGUUAAUGACCUCACUCCAGCUGUUAGUUCUCAGAAUUCAGAGAAUGCAUCUACAGAUAAUUUGUUGGAAGAACAACCAUUGCUAACUCUUCUCGACUUUGCUAAGUUGGGAAUUGCAACUGACAACUUUAGUGAAACUAAUAAGAUUGGAGCUGGAGGAUUCGGUCCUGUUUACAAGGGAAAACUAGAAGAUGGACAAUUGGUAGCUGUCAAAAGAUUAUCUAGUCACUCUGGACAAGGAAUUGAAGAGUUCAAAAAUGAAAUCUUGCUAAUCUCCAAACUGCAGCACAGAAAUCUCGUUCGAGUAUUGGCCUAUUGCGUUCACGGGCAAGAGAAGUUACUAGUUUAUGAGUACAUGGCUAACAGAAGCUUAGAUACUUUGUUGUUUGAUUCAAAAAAAAGUUAUCAGCUUCCCUGGACGAAACGUUUCAACAUGAUUCAAGGCAUUGCUCGAGGGCUUCUUUACCUUCACCGUGAUUCAUGUUUAAGGGUCAUUCACCGAGAUUUGAAGGCAAGCAAUGUUCUCUUGGAUGAUGAAAUGAAUCCAAAAAUUUCAGAUUUUGGAUUGGCUAGAACUUUUCAAGUAACUCAAGAGCUAGCAAACACUAACCGGAUAGCAGGAACAUUCGGUUAUAUGUCACCAGAGUAUGCAAUGGGAGGACUAUUUUCUGAAAAAUCUGAUGUCUACAGCUUCGGCGUAUUGCUACUAGAGAUUGUCAGUGGAAAGAAAAACAGCGGAUUUUAUGACCAUGAAAAUCAUCUCAACCUUCUCAGUUAUGCAUGGAAGCUACAGACCGAAAGCAAAGAGUUAGACUUAAUGGAUAAAUCAAUUUUGGACUCAAGUUCCUCUGCAACAGUUCUGAGAUGCAUACAUAUUGGCCUGCUUUGUGUCCAGGAUCAUGCUGUUGAUAGGCCAUCAAUGCCGUCUGUUGUUCUUAUGCUAAACAGUGAGACGGAUCUGCCUCUACCUAAGGAACCUACAUUUAUAUUUCAAAGAUGGUUGAAUUCUGAUACUCAAUCGCAAAUCAGCAAAGCUCAGUCUGUUAAUGAUAUUACUGUCUCUGUGGCCGAAGGCCGAUAAUCAAUUUAAUGUUUCUGAUCAUGUGAAAACUGAUGCAAUAACAUUACUUACCGAAUCUGUAUAAUAAUGUGUACAGAUAAUAAAGCUGAUUCUUAGUGUCUGAAUAUGUAGUUACCAUAGUUAGGUCAUUCUCUUUAUGGAAUGUAUGAAGAGACAUUUUCUAUGGUG